AUGGAGGGCGCCGCCAGGCUCCCCGCUGAGCCGGGCUGGGCGGGGCCCCGGCCUCCUCCCCGGGAGGCGGACUCCCGAGUGGCGAGCGCGCACAGCCCCACGCAAGCAUACAGGUUCCGAGGUAGUGACACACGCAUCCCUUGCAGUAACACUCGUGUCCACGGAUACAGUCAGAGGGGAAUGACACACUGCAGGAGGAGAUGCGGGGCGCAUGCGCGUCCUAGGCCUCGCCCCCUUCAGCUGCUCGCUCCCCCUGGGCCUGGACGUAUAGUCUGCGCCUGCGCUUGCGCACGGAGCUGUCCGACGGAGGUUCCCAGAGGGCUCAGCGCGUAUAUCUGCCUUUGUACCCGGCCGCGGGCCGAGCUCCGGGCGCGCAGGCGCAGAGCGACCGGGGCGAGCGAGCGCGAAGCCGCCGCGGCGGGAGCUUCCAGAGUAGCGAGAGGGAGCCAAGCCCUCAGGUCACAUGGCUCUGAGUCUCCUUCCCCAGGAGGGAAGCCCAGAGGAGGAUGGCUGGUCCCCCGGGGGCCUCUGGGCCCUAGACCAGGAAGCUGUGUCAUUCAGGGACGUGGCUGUGGACUUCACAGAGGAGGAAUGGGGGUGCCUGAGCCCCCCGCAGUGGCAGCUGUACAAGGAGGUGAUGCUGGAGAACUACAGGAACCUGAUGUCCCUGGCCUCCCAUUUCUGCUGCCCAGUGGGUGUCUCAUGGACGGGAGACGGGAGACGGGAGACGGAGGCACAGAGAGACAGACGGGAGACAAAGAACCCGUCCAGACUGGCAUUCCACACCGUGCAGGAAAACAAGGCCUGAUAGAGGACAAACCAGACCUGAUCUCUUGGCUGGAACAAGGGGAAGAGCCAUCAGCCCCGGAUCUGCGGGGAGAGGCCCCAAGGAGCCCCUGUCCCUGGGAAGGAGACCCUUCUGCCCGGCGCCUAGGAGCCAGGGGAUGCCGCAGCCCAGCUGGGCCCUCAGCCUGGGAUACUAGAACAGAGAAGCAGGAGGAGUCACUUCGUAAACAAGAAGAACAAGGAAUGACAGAAACAUCAGUGGAAAGCCCCAGAAGGGAUAUUGUUACCCAGGUCCCUGAAUUUUGGGAAGGUCCUAUUCAGGAGAUCACAUUAUGGAAGCAAAUAGGAAACCUGACAAGGGAGACUCCGAGAAAAGAAUUUGGGGAGUGGCCUGUUCCAGACAGCUCAUUAUGGAAACAAAUGGGAAACUUUGCCUGGGAGACUCCAAAGAAAGAAUUUUGGGAGGGUCCUGUCCAAGACAUCACAUUAUGGAAGCAAAUGGGAAACCUUGUAGGAGAGACUUCAAGGAAAGAAUUUUGGGAGGGUCCUGUCCAAGACAUCACAUUAUGGAAGCAAACGGGAAACCUUGUAGGAGACACUCCAAGGAAAAUCCUUUCCCAGGAAAGAGGUUUAUGUGAGUUAACUGUCUCCUGUAAGAAAAAUCUCACUGAGCAGAGAGACCAGGCAUGUGCUGACUUUGGUAAAAGCUUUCAUCAGAACAUAUCCACACACAAAGGGUCAUGGGAUUAUAAUCAAUGUGGGAAUCUUUCUCAUUACUAUCCAUUCUUUAAUCAAUAUCAGAGAAAUCAACCCUGUGAUUUGGGAGGUGGACAGAAUUUCAGCAAGAACUCAUUUCUUAGUCAAAGUCAGAGAAUCUGUGGGGAACAGAAACCUUAUAAAUGUGAAGAAUGUGGGAAGGCUUUCACCAACUAUUCGGACAUUAUUAAUCAUGAAAGAACUCAUGGCGGAGAGAAACAUUAUAAACACAGGCAAUGUGGAACGGCUUUUAUGUGGAGCUCAGUUCUUACUGAACACCAGAAAAUUAAAAUUUGUGAUAAACCCUAUGAAUAUAAGGAGUUUAAGGAGGUCUUCAGCAAGAAUCUAGACAUUACUAAAUAUGAAGGAAUUCAUAGUGCAAAGAAAUCAUCUGAGUAUAGUGAUUGUGGGACAGCCUUUAUUUGGCACUCAAACCUCAUGGAACAUCAGAGAAUUCUCACUAGUGAGAAACCUUAUGAGUGUAAGGUAUGUGGGAAAGCCUUCAGCCAGAACUCCUCCCUUACUCAACACUUCAGAAUUCAUACUGGAGAGAAACCUUACAAAUGUAAGGAAUGUGGCAAGGCCUUCAGACAGAACUCACAUCUUAUUCGACAUCAGCUAAUUCACACUAGAGAGAAACCCUAUGAGUGCCAGGAAUGUGGAAAGGCCUUCAGUCAGAGCUCAGAUAUCAUAUAUCAUGGAAGAAAUCAUGAUGGAGGAAUUUGUUAUAAGUGUAGGCAAUGUGGAAAGGCCUUUACAUGGAGUGCUAUUUUUACUGAACAACAGAAAAUUCAUGCUUUUGAGAAACCCUAUAAAUAUAAGGAGUUUGGAGUGGCCUUCAGCCAGAACUCAGACAUUGUUAAAUAUGAAGGAAUUCAUAGUGGAAAGAAACCAUUUGAGUGUAAAGACUGUGGGGCAGCUUUCAGUUGGCACUCAAACCUCUUGGAACAUCAGAGAACUCACACAGGUGAGAAGCCUUACGAAUGUAAGGUAUGUGGGAAAGCCUUCAGCCAGAGCUCCUCCCUUACUCAACACUUCAGAAUUCAUACUGGAGAGAAACCUUAUAAAUGUAAGGAAUGUGGCAAGGCCUUCAGGCAGAAUUCACAUCUUAUUCGACAUCAGCUAAUUCACACCAGAGAGAAACCUUAUGAAUGUAAGGAAUGUGGAAAGGCUUUUAGCCAGAGCUCAGACAUUAUUAAACAUGAAAGAAUACAUAGUGGAAAGAAACCAUAUGAGUGUAAGGAAUGUGGGGCAGCCUUCAGUUGGCGCUCAUACCUCAUUCAACAUCAGAGAACUCACUCUGUUGAGAAACCUUAUGAAUGUAAGGAAUGUGGGAAGGCCUUUAGCCAGAGCUCAUCCCUUAUUCAGCAUCAUAGAAUUCAUACUGGUGAGAAACCUUAUGAAUGUAAAGAAUGUGGGAAGGCCUUUAGUCAGAGAUCAUCCCUUAUUCAACAUCAUAGAAUUCAUACGGGUGAGAAACCUUACAAAUGUAAGGAUUGUGGGGCAGUCUUCAGUGGGCAUUCUGGCCUUAUCCAACAUGAGAGGAUUCACACUGGUGAGAAACCUUAUGAAUGUAAAGAAUGUGGGAAAGCCUUUAGGCAGAGCUCAGCCCUCAUACAUCAUCAGAUAAUUCAUACUGGAGAAAAACCUUACAAAUGUAAGGACUGUGGGAAAGCGUUUCGCUGGAAUGCAGUUUUUACUGAACAUCAAAAAAUCCACACUGGAGAGAUACCUUAUGAAUGUAAGGAAUGUGGCAAAGCCUUCAUCCAGAGAGCAGCACUUACCCAUCAUCAGAGAAUUCAUACUGGAGAGAAGCCUUACAGAUGUAAGCAGUGUGGGAAGGCCUUCAUCCAGAGAUCCUCCCUUACUCAUCAUCAGAGAAUUCAUACUGGAGAGAAGCCUUACAAAUGUAAGCAGUGUGGAAAGGCUUUCAUCCAGAGAUCAGACCUUACUCGACAUCACGUAAUUCAUACUGGAGAGAAACCUUAUGAAUGAGUGUGGGACAGCCUUCAUCCAGACUUCAGCCCUUAUUACACAUCAAUAAAAUCAUAAUGGAGGAAUGAGAGAAAGACUUCAGUUGGGGCUUGGUCCUUAAAGGAUACGAAUUAAUUCAUGGUGCAUAAACUAUUAUGGAAGCAUCCUUUUUAGUUUAACUGAAAAUAUUAAGAAAUAAUAUUUCUUUCCAUCUAAAACCCUUUCAAGACUUUUCCCUUUAGAAAAGUGGCUAAAGGGGCAGCUAGGUGAUAUAGUGGAUAGAGCACCGGCCCUGGAUUGAGGAGGACCUGAGUUCAAAUCCGGCCUCAGACACUUGACACUUACUAGCUGUGUGACCCUGGGAAAGUCACUUAACCCCCAUUACCCCCCCCCAAAAGUGGCUAAAGUCUUGGGAAUAGGGAUUAAGGAUAAGAACCAAAUUUAGAACUGAGAUAUCCUUGUCUGGUUGCCACCCUUGCCUUCCCUACCCCUGAAAUGACUGGUGCUAUGACUCAUUGAAGGGAAAUGACUUAUUUUUCAUUUAAGGAUUAGGAUAUGGACCAUAGGCAGGAGGCCCUUUCAGUUCUUUAGGGGGGUUGUCAAGGAAGAAAUCUAGUAGUUUAGUUGAAGAUUAAGUGACUACUCUAGAAUGUUGACCCCCCCAAAAAAAAACCCUUGUUUUAAUAUUGUGACCCUUUUCUUGUUCAAAAUUCCUAUAAAUGUUACCUCAAAAUUGUCUUGGGGUAGAGACAUGUCCUGGGGGCUAUAUCAGUUUGGACAUUUUUUCUCUCUAAGACAGAAGUACUUGGAUUUUAGAAUACUGUUUAAUAAAAUUGGUUCUGGCAGACUUGUGCCUAAAAUUCA